UAUACUACAGUUAGUCGGCGGUCUUACAUAAGGAGAUUUUACGGCAUUGGCGUGAGGUUAAAAAAGAACAGAAAGAGAUUAAUUUUUUUAUCUUUGAUAUAUCCGUGUUCACGGUGGUCAUCAUGUCUAAGAUUUUCCAAACUAGCAGAGGGCUACUAAAAAUAACGCAAUCAUGUCGGGGAUUAGCAAUGACUAUCCCAGCGAGGCGAAGAUUAGGGGAAAUUGUGCAGCAAGGGUUAGUCCCGGAAUUCGCACCAUUUUGGCAACCUAUCCGGGGAAUGGCGAACCAAGCAGUGCGCUUUAAAAAGGCUCCAAUAGAUUACCCUCUGCUAACUGGCUCAGACCACUGGAGACGGAAGAAACGCACGGUUUUCAGGCGCAUGGACACCAAUGGAGACGGUUUCAUUACAAAGGAAGACUUCGAAACAAGUGCCAGACGAGUUGCCGAGUAUCUGAAGCUUAAUGAUGUACAAGCAGAACAUAUUCUAAAUCAACGUCUUGCAAUAUGGGAACUCGUUUCUAAUGCAACACAAGAUACAACCAAGGUAUCAGAGGAAGAAUUCGUUGGCUCAUCAGUACCGAUAGUGAACCAAAGCUACUACCGACAAGACUUUCUACCCAUGUGGGUAUCCGUGGAAUUUAAUACAACGGACAUUGACGGGGAUGGUCUUAUUUCAAAGGAAGAGCACAAGGCUUUUUUCUACAGUGUUAACGUCCCUGUGGAAGAGUCGAAAAAUGUCUUUGAUGCUAUGGACAGCAACAAAGAUGGCUUCAUAUGCAUUGAAGAAUUUGCGCAUGCAUCUGCUGAGUUCUUUCUUACUGAGGAGCCAGACAAUCCAUUCAAUGAAUUUUUCGGUCCACUGGUUGAUUAGGAACUUGUAGUUUGAUUUAACGAAGAUAUAUUAAAUUGCCUAUUUGUCAUGAUCACUUGAGAGACAGAGAAAGAGAGCAUGUGUUGCUUUCAUUUCAUUUAAUAGUUUAAUACCCAUCUACUGUGUACAACCAUAAUGUUUCUAGGAUUUGAAAUGUGCCAUAAGGCAAUUUGCAAUUGAGUAACUUCCAGAUUAAUAUUUCAAAGUAUCUCUGAAGCUAGUGAGCUUGUAUUAAUGUUCAAAUAAAGGAGAUGGGAAUUUACGCAAUCUUUUUUAGUUGACUGACUACUGCUACUGAAUAUCAUGCCCAUAUUCUAGGUACAUGUACAUAUACUGGUACCGGUAUGGAGCUUCUACAUGUACCUGUACCUCCAUAACUUUCAGCUUCUCCUCUUUUGUAAAGUUACCCUAUUGCGUUGAAAUACUACAAUGUUUUAUUGCGAAAGUCAGAAAUGUGUAAUUUUUAACCAAUA